AUGGGCAAGAAAGCAAAGUCGCAAGCAGGGGAGUCUUCGCAAUCUAGUGCAGGCCCCUCCCUGCCUUUCCUAGGCGCAAAAGCCUCCGUGGAUCCUACAUUGGCUUCAUUAUUUGAUAAAAGUGCGGGUCCAGUAAAAGUUCCAGACGUACCUCCUGUAGGAGCGGUACCAAAGCCCAAUAAAAUUGAGCCGGAGUACGACCAGGAGGUUUCAGACGAGGACAACGACUCUAUUACCGAAGAUGAACUCAUGGAAGAUGCGCCUGAGUCGCCGGACGAUGUCGCCAAAGAUGCGGUACAAGCAGUCUCCGAACCGUCAAGUCGGAAACGAAAGCGCGCCGUCGCCGAUGACCUUGAAGACACUUAUAUGCGCCGACUAGCCAAGGAGGAGCAAAAAGAGCAGAAGAAGCGUCGAGCGGAAAUUUCAAAGCCUGCCGAAGAAGACACCGUAGAGGCCGAUGACGAAGGAAUUGAGGUGGAAGUAUCACAAUCUGAGGGAUCCGAAGAACAAAGCGAAUCGGAGGACGAUGAGGAAUUCGAGAUUCCGAAGCAUGAAGCUACAGCGGGCGGCAGCAAGGGCGACGAUAAGGAUGAGCUUGAGAAGUCCAACCGCACUGUGUUCCUGGGCAACGUUUCUACCCAGGCAAUUACCUCAAAAUCCGCCAGGAAGACUCUCCUGAAACACCUUGCCUCUUUUCUUUCAGCGCUCCCCGAAUCUACCGGCCCUCACAAAGUGGACUCCAUUCGCUUCCGAUCCACUGCAUUCUCUAGUGGCGGCAAGAUCCCCAAGCGCGCUGCGUUUGCUAAACAGGAAAUUCACGACGAUACCACCCCUAGCACCAAUGCGUAUGCUGUCUACAGCACAGCCCAGGCGGCCAAGAGAGCCCCUGCGGCACUCAAUGGCACAAUAGUGCUAGACCGACACCUGCGUGUCGACAACGUGGCGCACCCUUCAAAGGUCGAUCAUAAGCGCUGUGUCUUCGUUGGCAACCUUGACUUUAUUGACAACGAGACCGGUACCGAGAAUGGAGAGAAGAAAAAGAAGAAUAGGGCGCCCGCGGACGUGGAGGAGGGCCUCUGGCGCACUUUCAAUGCCCACACACCUGGGACAAAGAGCACUGUGCCUGGCCGAGGGAACGUCGAGUCUGUGCGAGUUGUCCGUGACCGAUCAACUCGUGUCGGAAAGGGAUUUGCAUACGUGCAGUUUUACGAUCAGAACUGCGUCGAAGAAGCUCUACUGCUGAACGAGAAGAAAUUCCCGCCGAUGCUACCCCGGAAGCUCCGCGUUGUGAGAGCUAAGAAAGUUGCGAAGAAAUCUGAAGAUAACCAAGGCAGCAAGUCCCUCGCAGAUGCAGACCGGACAUUGCAUGGUCGUGCCGGGAAGCUGCUUGGACGGUCGAGUGCACACCGGCUGAAGGCCUCCGAUCGAAAGUCCAUCUCGCAGAACUCACUGGUGUUUGAGGGCAACCGUGCAACUGCCGGUGAAUCAUCGGGCAUCAGGGUGCGGACAAAGAGCCGUGGCUCAAAGGCAAAGCGGGACAGCCGGAGCAAGAAGCGCGCCGCAGCAUACAAAGCCGCCGGAGGCAAGAGGUCCGCGAUAGGGAAAUAG